GCUCGGCUCGCAACGCUGCAGAGGCUCUGAGGCGGCGGCGCGGCGACUCCGUCUUUCCCUCCCUCCUUCUCCGUCCGCCCGUCCGUGCGUCUGUCCGUUCGGCCUCGGUCCGGCCCGCAGCAUGGCCGGCGUGAGCUUCAGUGGCCACCGCCUGGAGCUGCUGGCGGCGUACGAAGAGGUGAUUCGGGAGGAGAGCACGGCCGACUGGGCUCUGUACACAUAUGAGGAUGGCUCAGAUGACCUCAAGCUUGCAGCAUCAGGAGAUGGGGGCUUGCAGGAGCUCUCCGGCCACUUUGAGAACCAGAGGGUGAUGUAUGGCUUCUGCAGUGUCAAGGACUCCCAGGCUGCUCUGCCAAAAUACGUGCUCAUCAACUGGGUUGGUGAGGAUGUACCUGAUGCCCGCAAAUGUGCUUGUGCCAGCCAUGUGGCUAAGGUGGCCGAGUUCUUCCAGGGUGUCGACGUGAUCGUGAAUGCCAGUAGCGUGGAAGACAUCGAUGCGGGCGCCAUCGGGCAGCGGCUCUCCAAUGGGCUGGCUCGGCUCUCCAGCCCUGUGCUGCACCGACUGCGGCUCCGUGAGGACGAGAAUGCCGAGCCGGUGGGCACCACCUAUCAGAAGACUGAUGCGGCUGUGGAGAUGAAGCGGAUUAACCGCGAGCAGUUCUGGGAGCAGGCCAAGAAGGAAGAAGAACUGAGGAAGGAGGAGGAGAGGAAGAAGGCCCUGGAUGAGAGACUCAGAUUUGAGCAAGAGCGGAUGGAGCAGGAGCGGCAGGAGCAAGAGGAGCGGGAGCGCCGAUAUCGGGAGCGAGAGCAGCAGAUUGAGGAACACAGGAGGAAACAACAGACUUUAGAGGCUGAGGAGGCCAAGAGGCGGUUGAAGGAGCAAUCUAUCUUUGGUGACCAGCGGGAUGAGGAGGAAGAGACUCAGAUGAAGAAGUCAGAAUCAGAGGUAGAGGAGGCAGCAGCUAUUAUUGCCCAGCGACCUGAUAAUCCACGGGAGUUCUUUAAGCAGCAGGAAAGAGUCGCAUCGGCCUCCGCAGGCAGCUGCGAUGUGCCCUCACCCUUCAACCACCGACCAGGCAGCCACCUGGACAGCCACCGGAGGAUGAUACCUACCCCCCUCCCUGCCCGGAGCCCCUCUGACUCUAGCACGGCCUCCACCCCUGUUGCUGAGCAGAUUGAGCGGGCCCUGGAUGAGGUCACAUCCUCGCAGCCUCCACCACUGCCGCCACCACCCCCAGCAGCCCAAGAGACCCAGGAGCCCAGCCUCAGCCUGGAUAGUGAAGAGACCAGCAAGGAAGCCAGAGCAGCAGCCCCUCAGGCCAGGGCUGGCCCCCUGGAGGAGUCCCCUCAGGCCUCGGAACCUCCCGAGGGCCAAGGCAGCCCCAUGGAGGAGAACUUGAUGUUCAUGGCAUCUACAGAGCAGGCAGACCUGGCUGCUGCUCUAGAGCCUGCCGUGGCUGGAGCCUCUGCAGCCGACAGCCCAGCAGCUGAUGCCAUUGAAACCGACACUGCCGCUGCUGACACUGCUGUUGCUAACACCGUCACCCCUGCCGCUGCCAGCCUCAUUGACCUAUGGCCAGGCAAUGGGGAAGGGGCCUCUGCACCCCAGGCUGAGCCUCGGGCCCCCACACCACCUUCAGGUGCCGAAGUCUUGCUGGCGGAGGUGCCCCUGCUGGAUGAGGUGGCUCAGGAGCCACUGCUGCCAGCAGGAGAAGGCAGUGCCAAUCUUCUCAGUUUUGAUGAGCUGCCUGAGCCGCCAGCCACCUUCUGUGACCCAGGGGAGGAAGUAGAAGGGGAGCCCCUGGCUGCCCCCCAGGCUCCAACUCUGCCCUCAGCUCUAGAAGAGCUGGAUCAGAAGCUGGAGCCAGAGCUGGAACCAGAGCCCCACCUGCUGACCAAUGGCGAGACCACCCAGAAGGAGGGGACCCAGGCCAGUGAGGGGUACUUCAGCCAAUCACAGGAGGAGGAGUUUGUCCAAUCAGAAGAGCUAUGUGCAAAGGCUCCGCCUCCUGUGUUCUACAACAAGCCUCCAGAAAUCGACAUCACCUGCUGGGAUGCAGACCCAGUACCGGAAGAGGAGGAGGGCUUCGAGGGUGGUGACUAGUCGUGGUGCCUGCCCUUAGGCUGCCCUCGCCAAGGCUGCCCACCUGCCCCGUCUCUGGCCAGAUGGUCCACAGUGCCUGCACUCGCAGCAGCUCCGCCUGGCACCCACUCUGGAUUCUGGCCCUCGCUGGGAACUUGGCCGCAUCCCUACCCACAGGGCCCUACUUUUACAGCUUUUCUUUUUUUUUUUUUUUUUUUUUAAAGUUGAUAGGAGACUUGUACAGUUGACUGGUUUUCCUCCCGUUGGUAGUUAAGACGCUGUUGCAAAUUCCACCCCCUUCCCACCCGGUCCAGAUUGUAGCUCUUAGUCCUUCCUGCUCACUCACCUGGCCGGGGUGGAGGCCUCACCUGGCGUGGGGGGGAAGUUCUGGUGGGAAAAUGUUCCCCCCACCUCUUUUCCUAGUUUUCUGUUUCUUGGAAAAAAUAUCACUUUGUAUUCUCUGUCCAGGGCUUCAGAUAUUUUGCACGAAUUUUAAAACAUGGCAAUAAAUGGCUCGUGGGCUCUGGCUCCCUGGGACACCCCUCCCCGCCCUUCUCUUGACCCCUCCCCACCUGGCCCAAAGGAAGAGAAGCAGGCCUAGCUGGGGCCUCUCAGCUUCCCGGCCCUUUCCUGCCCCCUCCUGCUGGGCAGGUCCCAGGCUGGAGGCCCUAGGCGUGAUUCAGGUCAGGGCUAUGGGUGGCCCCUCUCCACCUCCUCCCUCUUUGCUUGGGUUCCUUUUUCACGUUCAGUAACUGUUUUUUGGAAAGCACAAACUUCUGUAACAGGUCGUGCUCAUGUCUGUUAAUAAAGAAAUCCAGAUCCCUUCAG